CAAUGUGACCUGCCUGAAACUUGGGCGCUUCUCCAGUCUGGAUGUUGAUGGCAGGACAAAGGGGCAUCUGGACUAUGGGCGACAUGGUAGAGAAAAGUUUGGAAGAGCCAUUGGCGCCUCCUGAAGAUGAGCCCUCCCAGAAAAGGGGCGACCUGGUAGAAAUCUUAAAUGGUGAUAAGGCAAAAUUUGACGACACGGGACUCUCCUUAAUUCUGCAGAAUGGCCUGGAGACCCUCCGAGUGGAAAAUGCUCUGACAGAUGUCAUCCUGUGUGUGGACAUUCAGGAAUUCUCCUGCCACCGCGUGGUGCUUGCUGCGGCCAGCAACUAUUUCAGGGCCAUGUUCUGCAAUGACUUAAAGGAAAAGUAUGAGAAGAGGAUCAUUAUCAAAGGAGUCGAUGCUGAGACCAUGCACACUCUCCUGGACUACACCUACACCAGCAAGGCGCUGAUCACCAAGCAGAACGUCCAGCGGGUCCUGGAAGCGGCUAACCUCUUCCAGUUCCUGCGGAUGGUGGACGCCUGCGCCAGCUUCCUCACCGAAGCCUUGAACCCAGAGAACUGCGUUGGGAUCCUGAGGCUGGCGGACACGCACUCCUUGGACAGUCUAAAGAAGCAGGUUCAAAGUUACAUCAUCCAAAACUUCGUGCAGAUUCUGAACGCCGAGGAGUUCCUGGAGCUCCCCGUGGACACCCUGUACCACAUCUUGAAGAGCGAUGACCUUUAUGUGACGGAGGAAGCUCAGGUGUUUGAGACGGUGAUGAGCUGGGUGCGGCACAAGCAGUCGGAGCGGCUCUGCUUGCUCCCCUACAUCCUGGAGUACGUGCGCCUGCCGCUUCUGGACCCGUGGUACUUUGUGGAGACGGUGGAGGCAGAUCCUCUCAUCAGGCAGUGCCCGGAGGUCUUCCCGCUGCUUCAGGAAGCCAGGAUGUACCACCUUUCUGGCAAUGAGAUAAUAUCAGAGCGCACCAAGCCCAGGAUGCACGAGUUCCAGUCUGAGGUGUUUAUGAUCAUCGGUGGCUGCACGAAGGAUGAGCGGUUUGUGGCGGAGGUAACCUGCCUGGACCCCCUGAGGCGCAGCCGCCUGGAGGUGGCCAAGCUCCCGAUGACGGAGCAUGAGCUGGAGAGUGAGAAUAAGAAGUGGGUGGAGUUUGCAUGCGUGACAUUAAAAAAUGAGGUCUACAUCUCAGGUGGCAAAGAAACACAGCACGAUGUUUGGAAAUAUAAUUCUUCGAUCAACAAAUGGAUCCAAAUAGAGUAUUUGAACAUAGGCCGCUGGAGGCAUAAGAUGGUCGUGUUGGGUGGCAAGGUCUAUGUGAUCGGAGGUUUUGAUGGCUUACAGAGGAUCAACAACGUGGAGACCUACGACCCCUUCCACAACUGCUGGUCAGAGGCGGCGCCCCUCCUCGUCCAUGUCAGUUCCUUCGCAGCCACCAGCCAUAAGAAGAAGCUCUAUGUGAUUGGAGGAGGGCCCAAUGGAAAACUGGCCACGGACAAGACUCAGUGUUACGACCCUUCCACCAACAAGUGGAGUUUAAAGUCGCCCAUGCCAGUGGAGGCUAAAUGCAUCAAUGCAGUGAGUUUCCGGGACCGCAUCUAUGUCGUUGGUGGGGCCAUGAGAGCGCUGUACGCCUACAGCCCCCUGGAGGACACCUGGAGCCUGGUCACCCAGCUCAGCCACGAGAGGGCCAGCUGCGGCAUCGCGCCCUGCAACAACCGGCUCUACAUCACGGGCGGGCGCGACGAGAAGAACGAGGUCAUCGCCACGGUGCUGUGCUGGGACCCGGAGGCCCAGAAACUGACGGAGGAGUGCGUGCUGCCCCGGGGGGUGUCGCACCACGGCAGCGUGACCAUCAGGAAGUCCUACACCCACAUACGGAGGAUCGUGCCCGGCGCCGUGUCGGUCUGACGGCGGGAGGCGGAGUCACCGCAGGGGCUGGGCGGCGCCUCCCGGGCCCCCUCCGCACGCCGCACCCAGGCCCCGCCCACUUCAGACCGGAGGCGGGGCGUGCGUUUUAGGUCGGACCUCAGGGAAUCCCCGCGGCCGCCCCUGGGGGCUCCUUGGCAGUCACAGCUUUGGGACACUUGAGAGCAACCAGCAAUGUUUGCGUGACCUACCUCAGGAGAGAAGAGCCAUAGGUAACAUUCAGGACCCACCUGCCCAUGCCGGCGCUUUGGUGUACAAGUCACUGAACCAGCAUAAAGACCUGGUGGCUGGUUUUUUUUUUUUUUUUUUUUUUUUUUUUAAUCACUGUUUUACAAGCGAGGAAACCGAGUUUCAGGGAGGCGAAGUGACUUGCCCCAGGUCACUCAAAUUGCAAGUAGCAAAACCAGGAGUCUAAACCCAGGUCUUUCAGUGUCAAAGUCAGUGCCCUUUCUGCCAUACUGGCUCUCUGAGAGCAGGAAACCAGAAACAAAAACAAGGCGCCCAAAACUGGCUAAAGGAUUCACUAACCAGGGCAGGGAAAUAAGGGUAUUUAUCUUUUCUUUUCCUUCCUUUUUCCUUCUUUCCUU